AUGUCCAACCAGCAAAAGGGACUACUACAAGCUGUACAAGAAGUGGUUCCUAGAGUUGAUCAACGUUUCUGUGUUAGGCACCUAUACGCAAAUUUCAGAAAAAAAAAAUUCCUUGGAAAACAUCUCAAGCAUUUGAUGUGGAAGGCAGCAUCAGUAACUCAUCCACAAACAUGGGAAUCAGAAAUGAGAAAUAUAAAACAACUCAAUGAUGAGGCUUUCAAAUACUUGUUAAAAAUUCCUCCCAGAUACUGGUCAAGAUCAAGAUUUAGCAGCACACCCCAAUGUGAUACUUUGGUCAACAACAUGUCAGAGGCUUUCAACAGUGUUUUGGUGCAUACAAGUUGGUCAGCAAACAAGGUUUUUGAAGUUCGCCAUGUGUCCCAAGCUGGGGACAAGUUUGUAGUGAAUUUAGAUCAAAAUUUGUGUACAUGCAGGAAGUGGGCUAUAACUGGCGUACCAUGUUGCCACUCCUUGGCUGCUAUGAAAUUCCUAAAUCUAGAUGCAGAGGACUUCAUACCAUGUUGCUUUAGGAAGUCAACAUAUAAAGAAAUCUACUCUUCAAUUGUGCAUCCAAUAAAUGGUAACAAGAUGUGGGAGAUUACCCUAUAUGUUGAUGUCCUCCCUCCACCAAAAAGAAUAUUGCAUGGGAGACCAAAGAAGAAACGAAGGUUGGAGCAAUGA